AAAUUCCCUGUACCAAACUCCACAAGCUCUAAUCCAAUGCACGCUAAACUGCUCACUGUCUUUACAGUUCUCUGCUUUUCUGUCUAUUGUAUGGCAGAUGCCAAUAAAUAUACUGGAUACUCUCGUCGUCACCGUGGCAUGGCUCGGCUUUCGUCCAGUGAAAUGAGCUCUGAUGCUUUGCAAAAGAGGUUCGAUAACGCCCGUUUUACAUUCUACGAUGUUAGCAAGGGCGCAUGUGGGACUACCAAUGUUGCAUCUGAUUUCGUCGUUGCUCUGAACUCCGACCAAUAUGGGGAUGGUUAUCCUGGUCCACACUGUGGCGAGACCAUCACAAUCACCGCCAACGGUAAGACCACCACUGCUGUCAUUGAGGAUGAGUGCCCUGGCUGUCCAUACGCUGGGCUGGACCUUUCGCGAGGUCUUUUCGACUUCUUCGCAGAUGAAUCAGCUGGAGUUAUCUAUGGCAGCUGGGAUUUCACUAAUGGAAACUGAGCGCAGAGAUUCUCUCCUGACCUCUUUGGUCGCUUUGUUUUGAAAUCCUUGUGGUAUAUUAGUUAUUACUGUAAGCCUCUCCGUGUUUUCUUCCGAGCAGAGGAGUCUAUAUCGCAGCUGUAAUAGAACAUAGUGCAGAUCAUUACCCUUGUAGGCCACCAUUGGAGGCGGGAGGAGUCAUCAGCUGGGCAAUCAUGGCGUAGUUCAUCUGCGUUAACAGCUGAUUACUUAUACAUCCAUUCCGACAUGCUCUGCAUCUGAGCGACCGACUUCUCCAUGGACACACGAUAUCCACGCCAUACGCAUAACCGUGUUAAUCGCAUUCAUUACCAUUUCCUCUCCAUCUAACCCGUACUCUGAGUCCCGAACGCAAACUACACCCUUC